CUUUUGUCUAUGAUUAGCAUUUUUUAUAAAUCAAAUUUGACUUUUUGUGUAUGUGUAGUCUUUUUAUCGCAAAUAAUUCACUAAAACAUAAUUAAAUGUGUAAAAUAAAAAGUAUCGCUAUACAAUAGUGAUUAACUUGAAGUGUUAACUUAUCACAAGUCUCUAUAAACUCUAAAAAAGUGUCUGAUGAAAACAUAACCUUAAACGCAUCUUUAUGAAAGACUAAAACGAUUUAAACAAGUGAUUGACCAUGGCGUUGCAACUAUCUCGUCGGGAGGUCGAAGAUCUCCGCUCCUCGCUGGACAGAGCAAUCUACAGAACGAUAGGAAAGUCAGAUAAUUCACUGUUAUCAACAGUGUCAUCUUGUCUCACAAAUGGUUACGAACGCCGCAAGAUCAUAGACAAAAUCUCAGCACACAUAGACUCAAAGAAGGCCAGCAAGCUUGCUGACAAAGUCUUAGCUCUGGCACAAGAGUUGAUAUCAACAUCCAAGUCGCAGAAGCGAAAACAUGAAGGAGACCGGGAGAAAGACAGUAAGAGAUCACGGCAUGAAGAAAAAGAGAGUCGGCAUGAGCAGAAGGAGGCGCGUAAAGAGGAGAAACCUCCACCAGAGGAGAAGGAGAAGAAGUUGGGCAAUGGGAAUGGUAUCGAGGUGCUGCCUUUACCUUCUGUAAUGCCUGAAGGGGAGACUGUCGGAUCCAAAAUUGCUGUGCUCAGUGCUGAUAGGAUUAAGCUGAUGAUGGCCAACGCCCAGAAGGAGAUAGAAGAACGCAAACGCGCCCUAGUGGGCAUGCGCGAGAGUAAGCCCGGCGUCAACGUGGCGGCUGCCACCGCGCAACAGAUUAAGGCCCAACUGCAGAACAGCGCGAUGCCGCCGCCCAGUGUUAUCAAACCGACGCUGUACUCUAAACCUGCGGCGGCUCCCGUGUCCGCCGAAGAGUUGGAGAAGCAGCGGAAGAUCGCUGAACUGCAGGCCCGGAUACAGAGGAAACUGGCUGGUGGUGCAUUAAACUCGGGCUCUUCUGGCCCCGCCCCCCUCAUAUUGGAUCGGGAAGGCCGUACCAUAGACAAUACGGGGAAAAGAGUGCAGCUGACACAUGUCGCUCCAACGCUUAAGGCGAACAUUCGCGCGAAACGCCGCGAAGAGUUCCGCGCCACUCUCGCCGCUCCCACGCCCGACACGCGGGAACUGGCCGGCGCGUGGGUCGACGCGCGCGUGCACGCUAAACCGGCCGCCAGGCUCAAGAGGCAGCUGCGGUUCCACGAGCCGGGGAAGUUCAGGCAGCUGGCCGAGAGGUUGCGGAUGAAGGCUCAAUUGGAGAAGUUGCAGAACGAAAUAUCUCAGAUAGCGCGGAAGACUGGCAUAUCGUCCGCCACCAAACUGGCACUGUUGGCAUCCGACGCGCCAGACUCGGACCGAGUGCCAGAUAUAGAAUGGUGGGACAGCGUAAUCCUAAUGACGCCGGAAGAGCGAGAGGCGAAACGUCGACAGUCGAGUGCGAGCGGGACGGACGAUCGUACUCCCGCGCAGCGAGUGCUGGCCUGCAACACCGGUGACGACGACAUCGUCGACAACCUCAACCUCGCCGCCGUCACUAAUCUGGUGGAACAUCCGCAGCAACUGAGGCCGCCCACCGAGCCUCUAAAGCCCACCUACAUGCCAGUGUUCCUCACAAAGAAGGAGAGGAAGAAACUGCGUCGGCAGAGCAGAAGAGAAGCUUGGAAGGAAGAGCAGGAGAAGGUCAGAUUAGGGCUGGAGGCACCGCCGGAACCCAAGCUCAGGAUAUCGAAUCUAAUGCGUGCUUUGGGCACUGAAGCGGUGCAAGACCCUACCGCCAUAGAGGCUAAAGUCCGCGAGCAGAUCGCCAAGCGACAGAAGACGCACGUGGAGGCCAACAAGGCCAGGGCGCUCACUAAGGAGCAGAAGAGGGAGAAGGUAGAUAGAAAGCUUCGUGAAGAUACAACAACAGGAGUGCACGUAGCUGUAUAUAGGAUUCAAGAUCUAUUCGAGUGUGCAUCUGCAAAAUUCAAAGUGGAAGUGAACGCUCAGCAACUGCAUAUGACGGGUGUUGUCGUACUGCACAGGGGGUGCUGCGUGGUCGCCGUUGAAGGUGGCCCGAAGCAACAGGCCAAAUAUAAGAGACUGAUGCUGCACCGCAUCAAAUGGGAGGAAGACACGGUGAAGGACACAGAAGGUCAGGACGUGCCUAACUCCUGCCAUCUGGUGUGGGAGGGGAUCACUAAACAGCGGUCCUUCGGAGAUAUCAAAUUCAAGGUGAUGCCUACAGAGAAACAAGCUCGGGAAUUAUUCCAGAAACACGGCGUGGAACAUUAUUGGGAUCUGGCGUAUAGCGGUGCAGUUUUAGGGGCCACGGAGGAGCCCUAAGGCACCGCCGACAAUGUAGUUUAACUUAGCGAGCGACGAGAGAAAUAAAUAUAUUGUGUAUAUUUAAAAACAUCUUGAUUUGUUUUAUUUUCAACUCACUCUUUUAAGGAUAUUGAAAACUUUUACCACAAAAUAGGAUAGUACAAAAGAAAUGUACACAUAGACACCGCUCACGGAGUCGCUACCCG